AUGAAGCAAGAGUUUCAUCUUGAUAUACAAGAUGGAGUAAGAAUCACUGGUGUACUUCGAGAUUGCGCUCCACAGAAAAACGAAUACCAGGAUUACAAAAAUGGGAGGUGGUCACCUAAGACGGAAAUUUUAGAGCCCUAUGAAGAAGGCUGUUCUCAAAUCGAUAAUAAGGGAGAGAGAACCACUUCGACGAGAUAUUGCUAUUGUCGUCAAAGUCUAUGCAACUCAUCACCUACUUCUAACCACGAGGGUUACACGGACAUUAUGGGUGUGAUAAUGGUUUUUAACCUUAUGAAAUACAUUAACAGCCUUAGG